AAAAAAAAAACACUUUAAAAUUGUUGAGUAAACUGUUGAUUAAUAUGAUUUUAAUCAUUCAUUUUACGAGAUAUUCUGAAUAACUAUUUCAAAAUAAUUUUAAAUUGGGAGUGUUCUUAUUUAAAUUCAUCAUUUAAAUUUCACAAACUUUCAAACAACUUCUGACAGUUCUGACAGCUGAAGAGUGAAGUGAAAACUUAAAAAACUUAAAAACUUAAAAAUUAAUUUAGAAAAUAAAUCUUUAUUUAUAUUUUUAUAAAAUAGAAUUUUGGUUAGGGGACGUUAGUGAAUUAGGAAGUGGUUUACAACAGAAUGUCUUUCCAAGGACCUGAAGAAUAUGAUUACCUUUUUAAAAUUGUCCUAAUUGGUGACUCUGGAGUGGGCAAGUCCAAUCUGUUGUCCAGAUUCACGCGGAAUGAGUUCAACCUGGAGAGUAAGAGUACCAUUGGAGUUGAGUUUGCAACAAGGAGCAUUGUUGUGGAAGGGAAAAAGUUGAAGGCUCAGAUUUGGGACACGGCAGGCCAGGAAAGGUUCAGAGCCAUCACCAGCGCGUACUACAGAGGAGCCGUGGGAGCGAUGUUGGUGUAUGAUAUCGCUAAACAUGCCACAUUCGAGAACAUUGAUAGGUGGUUGAAAGAGUUGCGUGACCACGCUGACGACAACAUCGUCGUAUUGCUGGUCGGAAACAAAACUGAUUUACGUCACUUGAGGGCAGUCAUGUCCGAAGAUGCCGCUGAAUACGCUGAUCGUAACAACCUGAUAUUCAUUGAAACGUCUGCCCUGGACUCCACAAAUGUCGAACACGCAUUCCAGCAGUGCCUUAAUGAGGUCUACAAAAGAGUGGCCGACCGACAUUUCUCGAACGUAAACAUCGGUCAGACGACCGCACUGCCCACCACCAACCUCCAAUCAACCAUACUCGAGAAGAAGUUCUGUUGCAACUCAUGAAUAUUAAUUAACCUACCUACCACUUCAUGCAUAUUAAUGAACCCUACAUGCAUAUUUAUGAAUCUCUAUUUCAUAUUUAUGACCCCCUACAUGCGAAUUAGUGUAUCAUCUAUGUAUACAUAUUAAUGAUUGAAAACUAUUUACAUACAGAUAUUGAACUUAU